UAUUCCAACAGCCCAACUACCAAACCAAACCAAAACCCACGUAUUGCCUUUCCUGUUUUUCCCCUUAACCAAAGUGGGAAUCGAAGUAAAAUCGGAGGACCCAAGUUGACAAUGAUGUUGGAGAUGUGUCGGAGGCCGUUGGAGAAGUGUUUUGGUGGCGGAGACGGCGGCGAUGGGCUGCUUUGGCACAUGGACCUCAAGCCCCACUCUUCUGGGGACUAUUCGAUUGCAGUGGUUCAAGCUAAUUCUGCUCUGGAGGAUCAGGGACAGGUGUUCACAUCUCCUUGCGCCACGUAUGUUGGAGUCUAUGACGGCCAUGGCGGUCCUGAAGCUUCCCGCUUCAUCACUAACCACCUCUUCCCCUUCCUUCACAAGUUUGCAACUGAACAAGGUGGGCUGUCAGAGGAUGUGAUAAGGAAGGCAUUUGAUGCAACAGAGGAGGAGUUCUUGGAGUUGGUUAAGCGAUCAUGGAUGGUGCGGCCGCAGAUUGCUUCAGUAGGAUCGUGUUGUCUGGUUGGUGCAAUUGCAGAUGGUAUUUUAUAUGUGGCUAAUCUCGGAGAUUCGAGGGCAGUUCUUGGCAGGAGAGCAUCGGAUGGGCAGGCCGUGGUCGCAGAGCGGUUGUCUACGGAUCACAAUGUUUCAGUGGAGGAAGUGAGGAAGGAGGUUAAGGAUCUUCACCCUGAUGAUGCGCACAUUGUGGUGUAUACACGUGGAGUUUGGCGAAUUAAGGGCAUUAUUCAGGUCUCAAGGUCAAUCGGUGAUGUCUACUUGAAGAAACCUGAGUUUAACAGAGAUCCUCUCUUCCACCAGUUCGGUAUGCCCGUUCCUUUAAAGAAGCCUGUAAUGACAGCAGAACCGUCGAUAGUAGUUCGAAAGUUACAACCACAGGACAUGUUUUUGAUAUUUGCAACAGAUGGUCUCUGGGAGCAUUUAAGUGAUGAAACAGCCGUGAAAAUCGUCUCCAAAAAUCCAAGAGCUGGAAUAGCAAAGCGAUUGGUAAGAGCUGCCAUCGACGAGGCUGCAAGGAAAAGAGAAUUGAGAUACGACGACAUAAAAAGAAUUGAAAGGGGGGCAAGGCGCAAUUUCCACGACGAUAUCACUGUAAUCGUGAUAUUCCUAGAUCAUUCACAAGUUUCCCCAAAUGCUGGUGUCCAGGACCAGAGCCUCUUUAACUGCACUAGUGUCCCUGUCGAUAUAUUCUCUAUGAACGAGGAAGCAGCAGACGGAUCACUCCACACCUUCCCAUGAGAAAAAAUCGGUGGCGGAAAAAAAAUAUGCAUCUGUUGUGUAAGUAGAAUGAGAAAAUUUAUACGCAGGUGCAUCCGGCUGCUAGAUUUUACAGGAAAGAUGGUGGCUUGUACAUUGUUUGAUGGCAAGAUUGAAGGUGCUGUUGAUUUCUUGGCGUUGAGCUUUGACUUCAUUUUCAGCUCUCUCUCUCGUUGGUUUAUAAUUUGUUGUGAUUUUCCACAUUGUGUAUAUUACUGGGAUUUAUUAUAUAAAUUUAUAUUUAUCUUGAACUGCGACUCACAGUCA